AUGACUGACAUGGCUGACAACCACAAGGAGGCCUGGGAAGCCUUGAUCAACGCUGCGAACAAAUACCGCAGACUGACUGGCAAUGACAUUGUGCUAAUGACUGCUUAUAAAUCCAAGUUACUGACCUCCUAUGCCUAUGCCGUUCAUGGCAACGGGGUGCUCCUAGAGGCCACUCAGCGUUACAUCGAUGACAUUGCUGUAGUGCAUAAAACCACUGCUUUUACCAGCCCACUACCGAUCAGCAAGACCAGCACAGAGGCCACUAGUGGCAGACAGAACUCUUACUCAAAGAGCUACCCUUCUAUCUAUGGCAAGGAGGGUUUGCCGACACUGGAGGACGGUGAACAUGCCAAACCCCCCACUCAACUGCCGGAGCCGCUGCCACCUCUGAAUCCACCUGAAGAGGAUUAUGAUUACAGCAAGCGGAGCCAGCUGCAUAAGGCAGACAGUGUUCCCAGUGACUCAACAGGACUCUUUGUGAUGGACGAAGACUCACCAAGCCCAGACUGUGAACCUUUCUUUGAAUCUGACCCUGAAGAAAGCACCGAUGACGGAAGUUUAGCUGAAGAUGCCCCUGGACGCCCUCCACAACGCAAUCUCCAGCAGUAUGCCAAGUCUCUGCCGGUCACUGUGCCUGUAUGGGGAUUUAAAGAGAAAAGGCAGACUAAUAAAUCUUCUGAUGAUGAAGGCACAAAGUUUCCAUCUCCUGAUCUUGACCGGAUUGCUGCCAGCAUGAGAGCUCUAGCUCAUGACAACACUCAGCCGUUUGGGGAUCUGCCUCGUCCUCGUCUGAAUACCGGUGACUUCCAGAUAAAAUACCGGAAAUAUUAA